CUCGUCCUCCGUUCCUGUUUCCAGGUGAGUGGGACCAACUCCUUGCUUCGUGGGCGCUUCAUCUGUUAUGGGAUCCGCAUUUUGUUUGGGAUUCCGAAUACAACUGGAUUUGAGGAGAGAAGAGGAGCCUUACCAGCUUUGCAGUUAGCAAUGCUUUGGAGUCUUUCUUUGACAGGGAAAUUAGUAAAGUAAAAAUUAAUUCUCCAGGCAAAACUACUGGAGUGGAACCCAUUCCUUUCUCCAUGGGGAUCUUCCUGACCCAGGGAUUGAACCUAGAUCCUACUGCAUUGCAGCUAUGUGAAUGAAUAAGAUCUUGGAGGAAGACAGCAGAGACAGAGAUCCCAGGGUUAAAACUUGGAGGAAUUUCACAGCAUAUCAUCCAAAAGGGGAGUCCGUGAUGGAGGCAGAAGUAAACUUGAGGAGAUAUACCUGGAUUCCAUUCCUGGCUCUCCUUUCCGGCUGUGCCAACUUAAGCAAGUAAAUCUACUUGUCUGCGCCCCAGUUCCCUCAGCUGUUAAAUAAGAGUGACAGAGCCCUCUUCAGCUUGUUGUGAGAAGUUAAAGGUUGUUAGAAGGACAAGAAGAUGCCACCCAAGCGUGUAGCUAAGAGAAGGUCUCCCCCAGAAGAUGCCCUCCCCAAAAGCAAGAAGGUGAAAGACCCUCGUAACCAGGCAGUGAGGGCCGUUGCCUCCCGCCGUGUUCCAGGCGCCCGCUCCUGCCAAGGUGCCUGCGGGCUGUGCCCUCCUGACCAGAAGGCCCAACCAGUCUCCCAUAGGUCCCACGGCACAGAACCAGGUAUGGUGCUGACACUGGGCCAGGGCGACGUGGGCCAGCUAGGGCUGGGCGAGAAUGUGAUGGAGAGGAAGAAGCCGGCCCUAGUGUCCAUUCCAGAAGACAUCGUGCAGGCUGAGGCUGGGGGCAUGCACACUGUGUGCCUAAGCAAAAGUGGCCAGGUCUACUCCUUCGGCUGCAAUGACGAGGGUGCUCUGGGAAGGGAUACGUCAGUGGAGGGCUCAGAGAUGGUCCCUGGGAAAGUGGACCUGCAAGAGAAGGUGGUACAGGUGUCAGCAGGAGACAGUCACACAGCAGCCCUCACCGAGGAUGGCCGUGUCUUCCUCUGGGGCUCCUUCCGGGACAAUAAUGGUGUGAUCGGGCUCUUGGAACCCAUGAAAAAGAGCAUGGUGCCCGUGCAGGUGCAGCUGAGUAUGCCCGUCGUGAAGGUGGCCUCAGGAAACGACCACUUGGUGAUGCUGACAGUUGAUGGCGACCUCUAUACUUUGGGCUCCGGGGAGCAGGGCCAACUGGGCCGCGUACCUGAAUUAUUUGCCAAUCGUGGUGGCCGUCAGGGCCUUGAACGACUCCUGGUCCCCAAGUGUGUGAUGCUGAAAUCCAGGGGAAGCCGGGGCCAUGUCAGAUUCCAGGAUGCCUUCUGCGGUGCCUACUUCACCUUCGCCAUCUCCUCUGAGGGCCAUGUAUAUGGCUUCGGCCUCUCCAACUACCAUCAACUUGGAACCCAAGGCACAGAAUCCUGUUUUAUACCUCAGAACCUAACAUCCUUCAAGAACUCCACCAAGUCCUGGGUGGGCUUCUCUGGGGGCCAGCACCACACAGUCUGCAUGGAUUCAGAAGGAAAAGCAUACAGCCUGGGCCGGGCUGAGUAUGGGCGGCUGGGCCUUGGGGAAGGUGCUGAGGAGAAGAGCGUACCCACCCUGAUUUCCAGGCUGCCCACGGUCUCCUCAGUGGCUUGUGGAGCCUCUGUAGGGUAUGCUGUGACCAAGGAUGGUCGUGUUUUUGCCUGGGGCAUGGGCACCAACUACCAACUGGGCACGGGACAGGACGAAGAUGCCUGGAGCCCCGUGGAGAUGACAGGCAAACAGCUGGAGAACCGUGUGGUCUUAACUGUGUCCAGCGGGGGCCAGCACACAGUCUUACUAGUCAAGGACAAGGAACAGAGCUGGUGAAGCCUCUGAGGGCCUGGUUCCUGGCCCCCACAACCUCCCUCUUGGAACAGGGAAGCCGUGACGACUACGUGUUCCAGCAGCCCUCUCCCAGCCCCGAGUACUCUGUCACCUCCUGCCUUUUCCUCAUCAGCAGAACAGAACCCUUCUCCCUUUUGUGUCCCCUUCUUUUCUGGAAUCAUCCUGGGACUUACAGGAUGAGGGUGGGAUAGAUGGAAGAGAGGGGAGGGGUUUUUAUCAGAAGGAACAUUGCUCACCCCACAGCCAUAUGGUCAGACCUUCCCCCUCAUCCCUACUUCCCAUGGUACUGGCUGACCCUGGUUUUGCCUCUCCAAAACCAAAACUUCCUCCCCUGCGUGUUUGGUGCCCAUAUACGCUGAGAAGUCGGGCUCCAUCAAGCCCCGCUCUAGUCCUAUGCCACUCUUCCCGUCCUUCACAACCCACAGGCGGACACAUGGUACAGUCGUCAGACCCAGCUGUCAUGGACUUAUGCCUGGGGAAAACUGGAGAAGGGGCAGGGCUACCCAGCCGUGGGCAACCCCAGGCCAAAUAUUUGGCCCUGAACAGGUGCCCAUGGGCCAAAAAGAAAAACAGGGCUCCUCCGCUUGAUCAAGAAAAAAGCUAAUCCACCUUUCUCCCAGAAGCACAAAGCAUUCUGUCCUUCAGGCCUUGUCUGCAGUCUCCCCCAUCCAUCCUGCCUCACCUGCAGCCAAGGGCCUGAAAUCUGGAAAGGCAGCUGUGCCUGCAGGGCAGGACUUGUGGGGAGAGGGAAAGGAGGGCUUUAUAAACAAACUUACAGCAAUAUUGAGAGUGAAAGGAGGGAGGGGAAGAGGGUUGGAGGGGUAGAGUCUGGUCCCCAGAAAGGGAAACAGCAGCUUGUACAGUGGCUGAAAAAACAGGAAAGGGUUUUGAUUUUCUUUUUUUUUAAUGUAAAGUAUUUUGGAGGGGAGAGUGAAGUCUUUUAAUACUUUGAAUAAAUUUAGAGUUUUAUAAAACAGGCCACUUAUUUUCUACACACUCCCUGCUUUUUUAAGGGAGCACCUGCUGUGUUGGGAAGGGCAGAAUGACCCCAUGCCUGUAGACCUGGGGAAGACUAGGACUUCAGUGAUGUCAAGAAGUCCUGGUAUGUGCCAGCUGUUCAUUUUUUGUUAUUUGUUGUUUUGUUUUUGUUUUUUGUAUGGAACAAUGUCUGUUCUAGACAAAUCAAAAUGAGUCGAUUGGUUUUUGUUAGGUAUUUAUGUUUCAAGAAUCACUGGAUUUUUACAAAAUUAUAUUGUACAGUAUG